AAGCUUUCUUGGGUUGUUUCUCUUCUGGCCCACCAUGGCUAAUUUUGGGGAGAUUUUAGAAACUGUAGGCGACUUUGGGCUUUUCCAAAAGCUUCUCUUGUUUGCUUUGUGCUUUCCAAAUCUCAUUCUGCCUUUUCAGUUAUCCAGCCUUGUCUUCAACCACGCAGACACAAACCACCAUUGCAACGCUGACUGGAUCCUUCAGGUGGGUUCCAAUCUGACGAAGGAAGAGCAGCUCAACCUGACUCUGCCGAGGCUCUCGGAUGGCUCUUUCAGUCCCUGUCAGAUGUAUGUGCCCGUGGAUUGGGAUCUGUCUGCUAUCCAGGAAUACGGCCUAAAUGAAACCACCACUUGCACUGAUGGAUGGGUGCAUAAUGAUACUAUUUAUGAGGCAACCAUUGUCACCGAUGUUUGGUCGCAAGCGAGCUACACAGAUACCUAUGGUGCUCAUGCUAAUAUUCACAGUCGUGACUGGUCUCGCUCCAAACUUUUAUGUGUACCUCGCAUCACAGUUCAUUGUUGGUAUUGCUCUUGGAGGAUUUCGGAUCAACAGCAUUAUCCUUGGUAAUUCCAUCGCCGUCGCUGCUCUUGCCACUUGUGGAAGAUUUCUCAUGAACGGCGCAGGCAGUAUUUGCAACGUUUAUAUUCAAGAACUCUUCCCCACCUCCAUUCGUCAGACAGCCAUGGGUCUAGGCUCCACUGCAGCACGAGUCGCAAGUAUGUUGGCUCCUGUGGUGAACAUGCUGGAGGUCUACCACUUCACUAUUCCCACUCUGGUGUUAGGCAGCCUGGCACUAGCAAGUGGGAUAACGGCCUUCCUGCUUCCUGAGACCAGACGCACUGAGCUGCCUGGUUCAACAGAGGAGGCAGAGGGCAAGAGGUACAUGUACUAUUACAUUGAAAAAGUUUUCAAAACUGGUAAAAAAUACUUAUAUUUAGUGAAAUUCUGCUGAUGAAAGUGAUUUUUGCUGUGUCGACAUGUUUUAAAUUCAGUUGCAUGACUCCGUAAUACUUAAGUUACACAUUAAGCCUCUUAAGUAUUAUACAUUUUUACAUUUUAUAUUUUGUCAAGAGAAACUAACACACCAUCCCUCUAUUUCUCAAAAGGCAACCAAAAAUGGCUUACUCUGCACCUGGAGAUUGUGAAGACAUCAUAGCAACCAAGUUAUAACCUUGUCUUUGUGGCUAGUGUAUUCUGUUUAACGGUUUACAUUGUAGUGAUAUGUAGAAA